CAAUUUUGCGCCACUUGCGGCCAUGUCUGCGCUCGACUACGUAUUGCCUGACGGCAUGGAAGACACCAAUGAAGGGUCAAACUACUUGGAGGAAGUCGACAUGGGAUUGCCACAACCGUACUCCCUGCGCCUCAUCAACAACCCGUGCCACCAUACAGGCCAGACUACCGACAACCACCCGACAAGUCGGCUGCGUCCGCGGGAGUUCCACAGCCAUUCCUGCGAUGAAGAUGUUACUGACGUCAAUACUGCUAGUUCCAUCAUGCUAGCAGAACACAACAGAAGCGCCACGUUGUUGGCAAGGAUACGAGAAAAGGUAUUCGCACGCCUGGCGACGUGCGACAACGACUCGACCGUCAGCAGUGACAAGGACUACCUAGCACCCGACAAUGAUAGCGACGACGACGACGAUCCCCAAGACGAGCAUGAAGAUAGUCAUAGCAGCGUUGAAGGGGUCUGGCAUCCAGUAUCUCGCAAACGGGACUUGCAGUCGUUCUUGUUGGGUGGUCGUUCACUGGACACUCCGUCCUCGUCUGCGAUCCUUCCGAUGCCGCCCUCGUCCAUGCCGAUCCCCUUCCUCUUCCUUCCACCUCCUCCAUCUCUCUCGUCCAAACCAUCGUUGUCGGGAGGAUCACUCGUAGCCAAGUGCCUGCUGCCGGCAGUUCCCCACCGCCCACCACUGCGCAAGUAUAACCAUCGGUCCAUCUAUAACUGUGUCCGAUGCGGUCAAAUGAAGAAGCACCACACGUGCACAUUCCCAGAGAACGUCCGCUCCGUCGGCACCGCCAUGUCCUCGACGUCCCUGCCGCGGGACACCGUGUCCAGGUAUUACAAGUGCGGCCGUGUGCUGGUGUGCAAGAAAUAAAGAGCAGGACUAUGUUAAUAAUAUAGGUUAUUUUAAUAUAGUCACG